GGAGGAGCUUCAGGAACUAUUUCUAGGAGGCAUCUCAGGGCUUCAGGAGUUGUAGGCCAGACCUUGGAAGAUUUCCGUGCUGCGUGGGCUUCUGCUUCCCACUAGAGCCCAGCUUCAGAGGGCCUCAGGGACGCCGUGAGGAGUUGGGAAAGAGACAUUCUCCAGAGAGGCCAUCAUGGUCAGCAGGAAGUGCAUCCUAAUUGGAGGUACCAGUGUGGUCCUGCUGGUGGCCAUCACAGCAGUGGUGGUCUUCACCUUACUUUGGAGCACUCAGCCAGGCUGUGUGCAAGAUUCAGUCUGCCGCCCCGAUGCAGACAUGCUGGACUAUCUGCUGAGCACAGGCCAGAUCAGCCGCCGGGACGGCCUGCUCGUCACCUGGUACCACGCAGCCAACAGCCAGAAGGAGAUGGAGGCUGCCCUGAAAAGCAACAUCCUGGCCUUGGAAGCAGACGUCAAUGUGGAAGGGCUCCACACAGCCAACGAGACCGGGGUCCCCAUCAUGGCGCACCCCCCAGCCAUCUACAGUGACAACACACUGCAGAAUUGGCUGGAAGUUGUGCUGGCCUCUUCCCAGAAGAGCAUCAAACUGGACUUCAAGAGCAUCAAGGCCGUGGGCCCCUCCCUGGACCUCCUGCGGCAGCUGACAGAGGCGGGCAAAGUCCAGAGGCCUGUGUGGAUCAAUGCUGACAUUGUAAAGGGCCCCAACGUGCCCAUCUCAAUUGAGAUCAAUGCCACACAGUUCCUGGCGCUGGCCCAGGAAAAGUAUCCUGAGGCCACCCUGUCUCCGGGCUGGACCACGCUCUACGUGCCACAGUUGCCGACGGUCACGUACACCCAAGCCAUGGUGGAGAAGAUGCAGGAGCUGGUGGGAACGCUGCCCCAGAGGGUCACCUUCCCUGUACGGGCUGUUAUGGCACGGGCUGCCUGGCCCCUAUUCAGCUGGCUGCUGGGCCAAUCUGACAGGUACAGCUUGACACUGUGGCAGGGUUCCAGCGACCCCGUGUCAGUGGACGAUCUCCUCUACAUCCGGGACAACACUGCUGUCCACCAAAUCUACUAUGACCUCUUCGAACCUGUUCUGUCACAAUUCAAGGAGCUGGCCUUGAAUGACACCCGGAAGCGUAUAUACUAUACAGGCAGCAGCUUGGUCCCUGUUCUCCAGUCACCUGGGGGCGACGGUCUGGAUGUGGAGUGGCUGGUUCCGAAAGUCAGUGGCAGGGAAAGAACAGCAACCAUUAUCUUCCCUGACAGAGAAGGGAUGAUCCUGCUGAACGUUGGCCUCCAGGGAAGUACAGCUGGGAACCCUGUGCCCGUUGUGCUUGUCUCAGGUGGCCCUGUCCUGAUGCUGGAGUCAUGCCUACUGCAGCUGGCCACGCGCCCCGGGCACUGGGCUGUCCAUGUGAACAUCGUGGAUCCUGCAGCUCUCAGGCCAUCCCUGAACACACUGGCACACCUCUCUAGCCUUGGCAACCUGCCUCGACCUGUGUGGGUUGGAGCCACAGUCUCCCAUGGGAGUUUUGUGGCCCCUGGCCACGUGAUCGGCCAAGAGUUACUUACAGCUGUGGCUGAGAUUUUCCCCCAUGUGACUGUGGCACCGGGGUGGCCUGAAGAGGUGCUGGGCAGUGGUUACACAGAACAGCUGCUCACAGAUAUGCUGGAACUGUGCCAGGGGCUCAGGCAACCUGUGUCCUUCCAGUUGCAGGCUGGGCCACUCAGCCAAAGCAUGGCAGGAGUGGUGAACAGGCUGCUGGCAUCCUCCCCCCAGGCCACCGUCACAGUUCAUGACAGCCUUGCCAGGAGCAGCUAUGCAACUGUGCGGGCUGGGCUGCUGAAGGCCAGGGCUUUGGACAAAACCCGAGUCUACUACAGGUUAUCCCAGGAGUACCGCAAAGACUUCCUGGCAGAUGUUAGCAGAAACUGACCACCCAGCCAUGCUGGGUCAACCAAUGCCUGAGUCGAAGGUAGAGGUACAGAAGGAUAAAUAAAUGCCUCUGCCUUCCUCCACACACUGCAUGCGAGCCCUUGGGCAGG